CACAGCAAACUGAAUGUUUGAUAAAAAAAGUCCUCGUUCCUUAAUUUCUCAGCCAGUAAAUAAUGCAGCAUUAUAGAUGCGCAUCUUUAGAAAUACAAGAUGACGUGUACAAGUGUUAUUAUGAUUCUAUGAUCAUAAUAACGAGUCAAAUGCUUGAAAGUGUGUCUAAUUCGUCUUUAUAUAUUAUAGAAGGUAUGGAAAUACCACACCAUUAACUUUGCUACUGAGGUAGAGCGCAAUAUGAUUUACAAUAAGUUACCUGCACCAUUCCUUAAACCAUCGGCUCCUCCUCCGGCCCCCGCCCUAGCCACAUUUCCUACCGAAUCUAUGGACAUAGAUGUCAAUGCUCAAAAGUACGGGAGAUCAUAUGACAAUUAUAAGAAGGCCAACUACAAGAAAUGUGAUCUCUGUAACCGGAAUAGCCACUGGACGCGAGAAUGCUAUUAUCUGAACAAAGCUCAUGAAGAAAUGAAGAGACAGACAAAGAGACCUACUAACAAAAAUUGGAACCAUCGAAGUAAUGUCCAGGCGAUUGCCUCGCCGAGAAGCGGCAGUACUCCGAACCUAAUGAGGACCAUACUGUUUCGCCCCAAACAGAGGACGAUGGGUUCGACCUCACUGAUAAUAUCUUUUAUAAGCUUUAUAGUCUCCCUCCUAUUAAUAAGCAAGAAGCUCAAAUUGAUGAUUUAACCAUACUUACGGUGAUAGGAAGUUGUGAAAACACUUACAAUUUCUCUUUGAUUGCCCAAAUUCCUACCUAUCACAUGGACGGCAGUAUGCAAGUUAAGGUUUUAAUUGAUACAGGCGCGGAAAUAUCUACAAUAUGUGCUGCAGAGGUUGAAAAGCUCCGG